AUGUCCAAGAGAGUUAUUGAUAGAGAAGAUCCUGAACAAGAAAGAAAUGUUUUUGCUAAAUCAAAAAAUGGAUCUGGUCCGACUAGUGUUAAUCAGAAUGGAAAUGAUGUCGAUAUGAUUGCAGAUGAUGGUCAAUUUAGUGAUGAUUUUGAAAGUGAUGAGGAAAUUAUCGAAUUAGAUGACGAAGAAGAUAUUGAGUUAGAUGGUGAUGAGGAGAAAUUGACCGAGAUGUCUUUGGAGAAAGCUGAACAAUUGCUGAAGAAGGACGAGGAAAACUCAAAUAAAAAAGGUCAAGAAUUAUACUUACCUCAUAUGAGUCGUCCCUUAGGCCCAGAUGAAGUGUUAGAAGCCGACCCUACGGUGUAUGAAAUGUUACAUAACGUUAAUAUGCCAUGGCCAUGUUUAACUUUGGAUAUUAUCCCGGAUAAUUUAGGUUCUGAACGUAGAAGUUAUCCACAAUCUCUUCUAAUGACUACCGCUACUCAAGCAUCAAGAAAGAAAGAAAACGAACUAAUGGUUUUAAAUCUAUCUCAAUUGAGUAAGACCUUAGUGAAGGAUGAUGAUGAAAAUGAUGACGAUGAAGAUAAUGAAGACGAUGAUCUUGAUCCAAUCAUUGAAAAUGAAAACAUACAAUUAAGAGACACUACAAACAGAUUAAAAGUUUCUCCAUUUGCAUCUGUUAAUCAAGAAGUGUUAACUGCCACUAUGAGUGAAAGUGGUGAGGUUUACAUAUUUGAUCUUGCACCACAAUCUAAAGCUUUUUCUUCUCCAGGUUACCAAAUCCCAAAAACAGCAAAAAAACCAAUUCAUACAAUUAGAAAUCAUGGAAAUGUAGAGGGUUAUGCUGUCGAUUGGUCACCUUUAAUUAAAUCUGGUUCCCUUUUAACUGGUGACUGUUCUGGUUUAAUUUAUCACACACAAAGACACACAUCUAAAUGGGUCACAGAUAAAACUCCAUUUACUGUAGGUAAUAACAAAUCAAUUGAAGAUAUCCAAUGGUCUACUACCGAAAAUACUGUAUUUGCUACAGCCGGUUGUGAUGGGUUCAUCAGAAUUUGGGAUACAAGAUCUAAAAAGCAUCAACCAGCACUAUCUGUUAAAGCAUCAAAGACAGAUGUCAAUGUCAUUAGUUGGUCAUCUAAAUUAGGUUACUUGUUAGCAAGUGGAGAUGAUAAUGGUUCAUGGGGUGUAUGGGAUCUAAGACAGUUCUCACCAUUAAAUAUUAAUAAUGUUCAACCUGUGGCACAAUACGACUUUCAUAAAGGUGCCAUCACAUCCAUCAGCUUCAAUCCGUUAGAUGAAUCCAUUAUUGCUGUUGCAUCCGAAGAUAAUACUGUGACAUUAUGGGAUUUAUCUGUUGAGGCUGAUGAUGAAGAAAUUAAACAACAAGCUGCUGAAACGAAAGAGUUAGAACAAAUUCCACCACAAUUAUUGUUUGUUCAUUGGCAAAAGGAAGUUAAAGAUGUUAAGUGGCACAAACAAAUCCCAGGUUGUUUAGUCAGUACUGGUACUGAUGGGUUAAACGUUUGGAAGACUAUCAGUGUGUAA